UUUAUUCCACUGCAGACAAUUCGUUUCCGAGAAACAGGAAUGUUAUGCGUUUAGAGCUGCAAAGCCAUGGAUCAGUCGCUUCAUCGGAGACGAUUUUUGACCGUCUGUGUUCUUCGAAGAGGAGAAAAACCGGAUUCUUUUUACAACCAUGUAGGAAUUUGAGACUCGGAAUCCACUUUUGCGAUCAUGUUCUCAAAUUUGUUUUCCGUAUUCGUUGUUCGUCAUCUAUCUACCAGUGCGAAGCUUCCGAACAUUCCAAGCUCUAGGUACAAGAACUUGGCUAUCCGGGAAGCCCAGAAGGCUCUCACUGAAUACCUCCAUGGUACAAGCUGCUUGCCUUAUACUUAUGCUGAGCAUAUUAGCAAAAGCUCUCCUCUUUCGCUCGCCAGUCUAAUAACAAAGGUAGAUUUUUCAGCUGUCACUUUCUCUAAAAAAUUCAAGAAAUUUCUUAGGUACCACCCCAUCAACGAGUUUGAAUUUUUCUUUGAAAGCAUUGGCAUAGACUAUAAUGACGUUUCUGGGUUGUUGCGUUCGAACAAGUUUUUCUUUUCCGAAGAUCGGACUCUUCUCGAUGCCGCUGGUGCGCUUUCGGAAUUUGGGUUUCCGUGGAAUGAUUUGGGUAAGUUGUAUGUGGAGAGUAGUUCCAUAUUUAGGAGUAAUGCGGGAGAGCUCAAGUCUAAGCUAUUGGAGUUCAAGAAAUAUGGUUUUUGUAACGUUCAUGUAGUUGGUAUAUGUCUAGCUUUUCCUUACGUUUUGUGCGGGGAAUGUGAAGUAGGUUCUGAAAGUGAAGCAUUGUUAAAUUUUUUGAAGUCGGUAUUUUUGGAUUUUGAGCUGGCAACAUCUGUUGAGGAAAAUGUGAAUUCCUGGUACGAGGUAUGUAGGAAAAUUCGGGUAUUUUAUGAUUUAUGUGGUGAUAAGAGAAGGCUACCGGAGCUUGUAGAGAGAAAUAAAAACAUCUUUCUUGAACAUGGAGAAGAAUUGAUUCAAAAGGUUGAGUAUUUUUGUAGAUUUGGUGUAAACAAGGAAGAAGUAGCUGUGUUACUUCUUCAGGCCCCAGAAUUGUUGAGUCUUAAUUUACAGAAGCCUGUGAUUAACAUAACAAAGUUAUUGGAAUACAUUGGCUUGGAGACUGAAAACCUGAAGGAUGUCACUCAAAAUUUUGAUCAUGUAUUGGGGACCAACAAAAUGGCUAAUCUGCCUCUGGUAAUGAGGGCUUUGGACUUACACCAGUGGUUCAUUGAUAAAAUCAAGGAUGGAAAUCAUCAGUUGCUAGUGAAAUAUAUAGUAAGCUAUCCUGAUGAAGACCGAGCUGAAGAAUACCGAAGUGGCUUGGAAAUGAUUAACGCUUCAAAUACCCCAAAUCAUACCAUGAAGAAACUAAAUUUGCUUCAUAGCUGGGGCUUCGGGGAAAAUGCUUUAAUCUUUGAUCUCUUAGCACACUUGCAUGGCACUAGUAUUGAAUUACAAGAAAGAUUUGAUUGCUUUCUGUGUUUAGGGAUUGAACACUCCAAGCUUUGUAAGAUGGUAAGAAUGACCCCUAAGAUUCUAAACCAAAAUGCUCGAUCUAUAGAGCAGAAGGUAACUUUCCUCUGUCAAGGAAUGGGAUACUCUUUAGAGUAUCUACAUAGAUAUCCAGGUUAUUUGCUUUUUGGUUUGGAGAACCGCAUUAAGCCUAGGUACAGAUUUCAUAUGUGGCUUACAGAAAAAGGUUUAUGUACCAAAGACUAUUCCAUUGCAAGCAUAGUUGCAACUAGUGAAAAGGCUUUUCUAGCUCGUGUUUACAAAAUGCACCCAGCUGCUCCAAAACAUUGGUUUGAGCAAUUCCGGUUAUGAGAUCCUUCUGAAAGGCAUGGAGCCCCAAAAGUCAAGUCCAAACUUCAAUCCUGAAGUUGAUUCAUUCAGUCCUUUUGCUGAUAUUUUUCUGCAGCUUCUGUUCUGCUUUUCCACUCUACUUCAUACAUUUGAUCAAGCAGUGAUUCCUGCGAAGGUUAUGAGGGCUGAUUUUGGUAGAUUACUGCCAUAGGUUCUGCCUCUGGAGCACAAGGUAAGAAGAAGAGGCUAAAUUUACACUCCAAAGAUGCUCAUUUGCAUAAUAAGUUUAAGAGGGAGUGGUGCGUUGCCGUUGUAGGCAUUACAUUAUUUGUUGUGCUCCAGUGACAUUAGUUUGCCAUUUAAUUAGCGUAGGAUAAUCAAGUGUAAGGAUUUGAGCCAUAUAAGACUUUCUUGAUAAUGAAGUUUGAGUAUGCACUUGUUUUAGUUUCAA